AUGGUCACAUUUUUUGGUACAAUCGAAGCUCUCUAUGUGUUCUUCUCUCGUUCAACACAGCGAGGGGAAAAACUCAAAAACGCUGUGCCUAUGGUUGUUAAGUCAGAGUCUGAAACAAGGUGGAGUGUAAGGACAGAAGCAGUGAAGCCUGUCAACAACUACUUUGAGGAGAUAGUUCAAGUUCUCCAAGACAUGACAGAUAAUGAAAACGAGACCAGUGAAACAAGAAGUGAUGCAAGACAGCUGUGUAACCGCAUGUUGAGUUACGAUUUUCUGACUUUGCUAGGAUUUUGGAACAAAGUACUCAUUUGCAUCGACUGUAUUCAAAAGAGGCUGCAGGAUCCUAGCAUGAACUUUCACGAUGCUGCCCUGGAUUUGAAAGCCCUCCGAGAUCAUUUUGAUGAUGACAGAGAAGUUUUAGUCAGUGAGUCACUCGAAGAAGGACUCAGUCUCUGUCAAGACUGGAAUAUUGAAGUUGAAAGACGUCGGAGACGAAAGAAACAAAUGCCUGGUGAGAACUUACGAGAUGUUGGGUUAUCAGCCAAGGAGGAGAUGGAAAGAGUCAUGAAGGGAACACUCGACCGCCUUCACAGAGAAAUGGAUGAAAGGUUCACCCGUUUGCAUGACACUGACGCCAAGUUUGGGUUCCUUCUCGAUGUUGGGGGACUGUGUUCCGGUGCCUACAAUAACGACCUAAAAAAGAAGUGUGAAAAUUUGGCAGAAUUCUACAGCUCUGAUGUUGAUGGACAGCAGCUAUAUGAAGAAAUUUUGGAUUGCAGAAUGUUGCUAUUAAGUCGUGCCAACAUGAAAAUAUCAAGACCUAAAGAGCUUCUCGAAUUUAUUGUUCAAUAUGGAGAUGAGAGUGUCUUCCCCAAUCUUCGCAUUGCUAUUCAGAUAAUGCUAACUAUUGCAGUUUCCAUCGCCAGCUGUGAGAGAUCAUUUAGCAAGUUAAAACUAAUACUUUCAUAUUUGAGAGCCUCCAUGGGUCAAGACAGACUCUGUGAUCUUGCUCUGCUGAGUGUAGAAAGAGAAGAAACAGAAAAAACUGAGCAGAUCAUAGACCAGUUUGCAUCAGUAAAAGCAAGGAGGGUGCAGUUCUAA